CUUGACCUUGUGCAGUGACGAUUAAUUCCCCGAUCGGGACAGUAGGUUGCGUCGCGCGACCGGCCUUGCUGCCAUGACGUAACCAACCUGUAUGCCUUCAAGUCUUCGAGCGACCGAGCGCGAUACCGUCCGCGCGAGCGCAUCUCGAAAAUCGAAUUUCUUUAAAACACGCGAAACAAAUCGAUAAUAAAUUUAAUCUAAGCUUUUAGUGUUUAAUACGAAUGAAUCAAUGAAGUCCCAGCCUUUAGUGAUGUAACAGUGAUUGUGAUGUGAAGUGUGAAGCCAAUAUAAUUUUGUUCGAAGAAAAGUGCUCAAAUUGGAUUUCGAAAGAAAUAGAGAACUUGUCGUGGGAAGAAAACAGAUGAAAAGAUGACGAGAAAGUUCCUUUUCUGUUUCCCCCUUAGGGUGGGAAAUAUUAUAUUCGGAUACAUUGUAAUACUCAUAGCGAUAGCAACUGUGGCCUUCCACUUAUACCAGUUAGGACUGAAUGUGACCAACAACUAUUUCGAGAAGGAUGAAAAGUUUAGAAACUUCGAGAAUCUGGAGAGCAUAUUUGGAUCCACAAAGGAUUCGUUGGAGAGGAUAAUCGUGCUGACGUAUUACCUCACGUAUAUAACGAUAGGAAUGUUGCUGUUCCUAUUUGCUAUUAUGUUCACUUGUGGUGCUUAUAAGGCGAACCACUGUCUAGUAACAACAUUCUUCGUGUACAGUUUCUUCCACCUGUUCUUCACGAUCAUACUGAUCGUGUGGGAGGCACUCACCGCUGGAUGGAUACAGCUCGGACUAAUAGCCCUGUCUGAUCUGCUCCUGAUAGUUUGUCUGUUUAGCGUCAAAUAUCUGAUGGAAGCGAUCCGGGCAGGGAACAUCUACUGUCGUCCCGGAGAAGUUUACUACAAAUAUUAAUUUAUUGUUGAAACUUAUUCAAGUAUAUUAUAACUUUAAAAGUCACAAAUAAGUUAAGAUUUAAGCUGAAUCUGUUUGCAUGAAUAUGAAGCGGUUGAUCUACGCAAUCUAUUUACUGGGUAUCAAGAACUUCCCUCAAGAUUGAUCACAAUUUCUGUUGUCAUUAAUGUCUGGUCACAAAUAACAGUCAGGACUUUUAUGUUAGCAUACUCUGCAUACAGAAAGCUCGAUAAGGAAUGCUGUUCAGAUAAUAUAAUGAUCGCCAAGCAUGAUCAACCUAAGACUUUUGCGGUUGUGAUGGAGACAAUGAGCUCGUAAUUUUAUUAUACUUACCUUCUAAUUAUUUAUGCUACAUCUUUUUGUUUGACUGCGUUUUGAAGCUCAAAAUUGACUGUCUUCCUUUCUGCGACGAAUGCGUAUUAAUAGGAACAAAAAUAAAUUCUUAAGAUAACAUUUAAAUGUACUAAGCUCAAUUUAUAGUUAAGUUUUAUUACAACGUGUGACCAAAACCUGUGUUUUAAUAGUUCAUUAGUUAUCCUCUAACUGUUGUGAUACCGUUAGUAACACGAAAGUAACUCGAUUGAUGUUAUACUCGGAAAGUAUAUCGAUCUAUGCCAUCUCGUAUCGUUGCAAUCUACAUAAUAAGAAUACGAGGAAAUCAAGUUUCAACUUACUCCGAAUUACUGUUAAAAUUAAGACAAGAUCAAAAGAUUGUAUGUAUGUGUGCAAAACUUAAGUGUUGUCAGAUUUUUUAAUGUGUUUUGAUGGAGAUAAUGCAAUGUUUAUGGCAUUGAACUCUAUUUUUCGAAUAUGUACCUAUAUCGGAACAGAAUAUAUCACUGUUAUUGGUGACAACUUAAAUAAAAUGAAGAUCUUUUGUUUACUUUGUUACAUUGGUAUGUAGUAGGUUGUGUAAGAAAAUAAAUGACUUGAAUAAUUUGUAAUUCAAAGAUACAUUUUAUUUAUCAGUAACACAACUAUAAAAAUCACAACAGUCUUACUAAAUCUAAAUGAGAUAAGUCGUAAGUAAAAUUUCCUUCAUAAAACAAGUCCAACGAAAGCAAUCACGCCAACUCUCAAACAUUCCAAUAUCACAAAAACUCAUACAAAAUAAUUUAUUUAAUAAAUAGGCAAUAAAUAAUAUCUUAAGCUACUACUAAUAGUGUAUUUAUCGAUAUUUAUAUAAAAGUAAACUAUCUAAUUCUGAA